AUGGGUCGCACAAAGAAGCUUACCGACCCGGGAGGCACCCCGAGGCCCGCGGGUCCCGGAGGGGACCACACAAUAAGGUCCUAUCUGCAUCCCACUACCCGCGCACAAUCCCCACAGCCGGAAAUGGAGGCCGCAAACCAAGCGCCGGACUCCACUCCAUCCACUCCGGCCAGGCACUCACCUGCCUUAUCCUAUGCAUCCGAACCUCAGAUGCUGCAGGAGGAUGGAUGGAGGGAUAUACUGCCCAACCUCCUAACGAAGACUGACUUCGAGGCCCUCUCAGAUCGCCUAGGCCGGGUGGUACGUGAAGAAGUGGCCCAACUCCGUGCUGAUAUGGCAAACAUGGAGGCCCGUAUGUCCGUGGCAGAGGCAGAGACAAAAGCCCUCCGGACAGACCUGGAACACACCAACACGGCAGUCACAGGCCAGGAAGCAGACAUGGCAUACCUCACCACGUGGAUAGAUGACCUGGACAACCGCGGCCGCAGACUGAACCUACGCGUCCGCGGGGUGAGGGAAGGAGGCCCGUCGGAGAAUAUUCCAGACACGCUGCGGCAAAUAUUCACGCAGGCACUGGGGGGUCAGCACAUACCCAGACUAGGCCUAGUAAGGGCACACAGAGCUCUGAGACCCCUGCCAGCCCCAGAAGACCAGCCCAGGGACAUCAUAUGCUGCCUAGAUAACUACCAGCUAAAGGAGGAAAUAUUGCGCACGGCCCGCCGUAUGGGAACCGUCCGCCUGGAGGGGCAAAAUAUAGCCAUUUAUCAAGAUUUGUCCCGCUAUACACUACAAGCAAGAAGAGCCUUACGCCCGGUGACCUCGGCCCUACAACAAGCAGGUAUCCCGUACCGCUGGGGCUACCCAUUUUCCCUGACAGCUAGACAGGGCCCGGACCAAAUAACGCUGAGGAAAUCAGAAGAAGUCCCAAGCUUUCUACGCACCCUAGGCCUCCCGCCAAUACAAGUACCCGACUGGCUAACAAGGUCGUUCCUCCAGCAACCACCAGGACCGCAGCAACCACGCAGACAGGAUCUGAACCCCCAAGGGCCCCAGCACCAGCGCCGCCGUGACUGGAAUCAAGGCCAGGCAAGGCGUGAGCGAUAA